GGGGCGGGAGCUUCCGGCGGGGCGGGGGUUGCGUAGCAGCGCGGCGGGGCCGGGCGGGGGGAGGCGGUGGAGGCCGCGGCCGCCCCUCAGCCCCGCGGCGUCCCGGAGCCGGCCCGGGCCCGGGCGGCAGGCGAUCUGUCCUGUCUGACCUUAUGACUCCUGCGUGGCAGUGGCUCUUGGCCCUUGAAGAACGACAUUUUAAACUGUAGAAGAGGAAGGGGAAAAGAUGGGCCGUUGGGAGCGUCUCCCUGAAAAGAGUAAACCCAGCCCAGCCCUGCCUCUUUGCUACUUAGGGAGGAAUUCUGCCACAGAAGAAGCUGUUGCCAUGGCUUAGCAACCUGCGGCAACAAACUGCGUUCCCCAAGCUGCUCUGUUGCGCUGCAGAGGCUCGCAGUCCGCUGCCGUUCUGGAUCCUCCUCCUCGUAGGGCUGUGGGACUUGCCACAGCACCAAGGACGUGGCAACCGGGGAGAUCUUGUCACGAUCCUUGCGGGCUGAAGGGUUCUGGCAUCAGUGAUGAGCGAUGGGGUAUGAUGUAGCACGUUUUCAGGGGGAUGUUGAUGAAGACCUUAUAUGCCCCAUCUGCAGCGGGGUCCUGGAGGAGCCGGUUCAGGCUCCUCACUGCGAGCACGCCUUCUGCAAUGCCUGCAUCACCCAGUGGUUCUCCCAGCAGCAGACGUGCCCCGUGGACCGCAGCGUCGUGACGGUUGCCCACCUCCGUCCCGUCCCGCGGAUCAUGCGUAAUAUGCUCUCAAAGCUGCAGAUCACUUGUGACAACGCUGUUUUCGGCUGUACGGCGGUUGUGCGACUUGACAACCUGAUGUCUCACCUCAAUGACUGCGAGCACAAUCCCAAGCGCCCGGUGACUUGCGAGCAGGGAUGCGGCUUGGAAAUGCCCAAAGAUGAGCUGCCAAACCACAACUGCAUCAAGCAUUUACGAUCCGUGGUGCAGCAGCAGCAGACGAGAAUCGCCGAGCUGGAGAAGACCUCGGCAGAGCACAAGCAUCAGCUGGCCGAGCAGAAAAGGGACAUCCAGCUGCUGAAGGCCUACAUGCGCGCCAUCCGCAGCGUCAACCCCAACCUGCAGAACCUGGAGGAGACCAUCGAGUACAAUGAAAUCCUGGAGUGGGUCAACUCCCUGCAACCGGCCCGGGUGACGCGGUGGGGCGGGAUGAUCUCCACGCCGGACGCGGUGCUGCAGGCCGUCAUCAAGCGCUCGCUGGUGGAGAGCGGCUGCCCCACGUCCAUCAUCAACGAGCUGAUCGAGAACGCUCACGAGCGGAACUGGCCGCAGGGGUUGGCCACGCUGGAGACGCGCCAGAUGAACCGGCGGUACUACGAGAACUAUGUGGCCAAGCGCAUCCCCGGCAAGCAAGCCGUGGUGGUGAUGGCCUGCGAAAACCAGCACAUGGGCGAGGACAUGGUGCUAGAGCCGGGACUGGUGAUGAUAUUUGCACACGGAGUGGAGGAAAUUUAAGGAUUUGGGAAGAGCAACGCUUCGUGCUGACGAGGGAGAGGAGGGGGAAGGUGCAGAGGUGGAGGCUGGGGGGAGCCGGUCAAAGCUGCUGUUCCCCCAGUCGCUGACGUGGUGUUUUUAGGGCGCUGCUCCCUCGAACCUCUCGCUUCCCGGCUGAAAUGAUUAAAUGCCUCCGGUAAAUACUCCUCACACACUCGGCCCAGCGGUGGGCACACACUGCAGCCCCCUCCACGUUUGCCCCUUGCAGAUCAGCUUCCCCGUUCGAUGUCUUGUCAAAGGAGAGAAGGAGCAAGCGCUCCGCACGCACUGCCAGACUCCUGGACCCAUCCUGCCUUUUGGUGCUGGUGCCUCUGCCAGAGCUACUGCUCCCGCCCGGACCCAAAGGCCCAGCUCGGCUCUUGCCAUGGACCGACCCCCCGGCAGCUCUCGCCUCUCCGGUGGCCGAAUCCUCCUCCCUGGGCUUCCUCUGGAUUUUCCGCCUCGCUCUCCGGUGUCUCUGCCGCUGGCUCCCCCAGCCUCACCUCCGACCGUGCCCCACGGCAGCAGCGGGGUCGGCUCCCCCCAUCCGGGGGGCUGGGGAAGGGGCUUGGCCAGGGGUGUCCCCAAAGGGGGCACCGUCAGCAUCGCCCCCAGUGCCGUGCCUGAGCCUGGUUUCCCCCCUGGAGCCAAACCAGCUGUGGCUGAGCCCCCCAGCACCCACCGAGGGGGCAUGGGGGGCCCAGGCUGGCACGGCACCCCGCCGCCCUCGGACCCCUCUCUCCUUGCAUGCCCCAGCCCCUCUCCUCCCCGGGAGAGGCCGGACCCCCCCGCUCGCCCCCCAGCUCGCAGCCCCCCUGGGUGUCUCCCACUGUCCCCCAAGACACCAUCCUGCUCCGUGUUUGCCAGCGUUUGGCUCCGCUUUCUCUGCUGUUACUGGUGGUCCUUUUCCAGACCCUCGUGAUUGUGUUCUGUAUUUUUUAUUGUCUUUUUUUUUUAAUUAUUUUAUUGUCUUUUUUUUUUUCUUUUUUUUCUUUUUUGGCCUUUUCUUAUUUCCCACCGCCUCCUCCACCCCCCUUUUUAUUUUAUUUUUGAAGUACCAUGGACAGGCACCUCAGAACCUGGUUACGUUUACUUGUUGGGAACUUAAUUUAUUUGCAUUUGUUUAAUUGUUUUUUUACAGUACUUUCUCCUCCGGUGCCUGUACCGCUGGGAUCUGGCUGCGGCUCGGGCCGGUGCCCGGUGGGGCUGGCGGGAGGCCGGGAUCGAAGUGAUCAAUAAACAGCGUUCUGGUUGCUUUA